AUGGCGUAUCAGCACAGUGGCUUCCUGCUCAGCAGGGAAAACUUUGACGGUGACGACCAUGACGGAUUACAUGCUAUGGCGAGUCCUUUCAGCCAUACUCCACAUGGCUAUGACAACAAAUGUCUUGUUGUUGAUGACUAUCCAUAUUCGCAUGAGGACACUUGGGGCAGUGAGGAGGAUAUACUUGUUGCAGAAGUCCGCUUUGUGGAAGACGAGGAAGAUCGUUCCUCACAGCAUACAUGGGGAGAAUAUGAUCUAACAGAUGUUGAAACUGAGAGAGACGCUAGGUACAGGAGAGCUGCGGCAGCUGGUCAUUACACUGAAGAUGACUUUGAAUCAGACAUCUCCCCAGCUUGGUUGGAGGAAGAGAAACUAUUAGACAACAGGAGAGGCCCACAAAACAAUGAUGCAGUCGAAUUUGAACCAAAGAUUAGACUUGAAGAUGUCUCCCCAGUUGGGUGUGAGGAACACGUAGCAGGCCCUGUCUCAGAAUAUGACUUUAGGGAACAAUUUGAUUUGUCACCACGAGACACACAUUACAAAUUUUCACCUAGAGAUAAAGUGAGCACGACAAUUAAAGACAGAGUAGAACGUCUGGACCAUGUGACUCUUAACAUAGGUGUAACAGGAAAUACAGGUGCAGGGAAGUCGACCUUUGUGAACGCACUACGGGGACUGCGUGAUGACGAUGAGGGGGCUGCUGAAACUGGCGUUGUGGAGACAACAAGGAUCCCUGCGCCAUACCCGCAUCCCACAAUGCCAAACGUAAUCAUUUGGGAUCUGCCAGGCAUAGGCACUCCUAACUUUAAAGCCAAGACGUACCUUUCCGACGUGAAGUUUGAGCGUUACGACUUCUUCAUCAUCCUCACCUCAGAGAGAUUCAAAGAGAAUGAUCUAAACCUGGCCAAAGCGAUGAAGCGGAAGAAAAAACUGUUUUAUUUCAUUCGUUCAAAGAUCGACAAUGACAUCAUGGCGGAAAGCAGAAGAAGAGACUUUAGUCAGGAAAAUGUGCUUUUGAGGAUCAGGGAGGACUGCAGGAAGAACUUGAAAUGUGUGGGAAACCCACAGGUAUUCCUGAUAUCCUCCUUCUACCUGCGAGAUUACGAUUUCACACGGUUGAUUGACACACUGAGACGAGACCUCCCUGACAAAAAGAAGCAUGCCCUCGUUCAGUCUCUGCCUGUGUACUCCAGGGAUGCUCUGGUGAGGAAGAAAAAGCACUUUGAGAAGAUGAUAUGGCUUCAAGCCUUUUGUUCUUGCGCCGGCGCAAUACUGCCCAUCCCUGGCCUUACCCUGGCCGUUGACUACGGCAUUGUGACAUCGUUCUUCAACAAAGUCUUCCAGUCGUUUGGCUUGGACGAAAGCUCGCGGAAUCGGAUGGCACUCAGAGUCAACAUGGAGCCAGAGGAUUUAAAGAGCGCCUUGAAUUCGCGUUUUAAAAAUGGGGUCACGGACAAAGUGCUGAUGUCCUUUCUCAACACCCCCAAGAUGGCCUCUCUGAUGACGAUGAAGACGGUGUUGGCUGCAUUUGUGGUGGCCGGGUCCCUGCCUGCUGGGGUGCUCUCUGUGUGUACGAUGCGGCAUCUGCUCAGGAAAGGGCUGAGGGAAAUGGCAGAGGAUGCUGAAGCACUGCUGGUUGCAGCCAGACUUGAUCAAGUUUGAAAAGAAUAUGC